AUGGAAGCAUACACAAAAUUUGUCAUUGUGGCAGUGGUUCUAGGUUUGGCGAUUAGGUCCGAAGCCUUCGGGAUGGAGAAGAAGAGUAAUACCGAGGGCAUCUGUGGCAUGACUAGGGAAGGUCUCAUGAUGUGCAAGCCAUUUGUCAACAUCCAGAGCACCGUGCCGCCUUCGCUCGACUGUUGCUCGGCUCUAUCCAAGGCUAACUUGCCAUGCUUCUGCAUGUUCAAGAACUCCGGGUUGUUAGGGUUUUAUGGGAUAGACUUUAACCAAGCCAUGCAGCUACCUACUAAAUGCAACCUCCCGAACACUUCCCAUUGCUAA